GUGCGCGGGCGGGGCCUGGCUCGCCGGCACGCAGCAGCGCCCCCUCCCGGCCGGCUGCAGCCGCAGGGCCCUCCCCUUCCCUGCCCUCCCCUGCCCGCUGCGGCGGCUGCAGCCUCCGCCCCGCGCGCUUGCUCCCCGCGCCGCCGCCGCCGCCGCCGCCGCCGCCGCCGCUGCUGCCGCACCUGCCACCAUGUCUCCGCCGCCGGGUCAUGUCUGACUCUCUCUGGACCGCGCUUUCUAAUUUCUCGAUGCCCUCCUUCCCCGGCGGCAGUAUGUUCCGCCGCACCAAGAGCUGCCGCACCAGUAAUCGGAAAAGCCUCAUCCUGACCAGCACUUCACCCACGCUGCCGAGACCCCACUCCCCGCUGCCAGGUCACCUAGGCAGCAGUCCCCUGGACAGCCCCCGAAACUUCUCCCCCAACACCCCCGCCCACUUCUCGUUUGCCUCCUCCCGAAGGGCGGACGGACGCCGGUGGUCUCUGGCCUCGCUCCCUUCAUCUGGCUAUGGCACCAACACGCCCAGUUCCACCGUCUCGUCCUCCUGCUCCUCCCAGGAGCGCCUUCACCAACUGCCCUACCAGCCCACGGUGGACGAGCUCCACUUCCUCUCCAAACACUUCGGGAGCACCGAGAGCAUCACAGACGAGGAUGGUGGCCGUCGCUCCCCAGCCGUGCGGCCCCGCUCACGGAGCCUCAGCCCCGGGCGCUCCCCCUCCUCCUACGACAACGAGAUCGUGAUGAUGAAUCACGUCUACAAGGAGAGGUUCCCGAAGGCCACUGCGCAGAUGGAGGAGAAGCUGCGCGACUUCACCCGCGCCUACGAACCCGACAGCGUUCUGCCUCUGGCCGAUGGCGUGCUCAGCUUCAUCCACCACCAGAUCAUCGAGCUGGCCCGGGACUGCCUGACCAAGUCCCGUGACGGCCUCAUCACCACGGUCUACUUCUACGAAUUGCAGGAGAACCUGGAGAAGCUCCUUCAAGACGCCUAUGAACGCUCUGAGAGCUUGGAGGUGGCCUUCGUUACUCAGCUGGUGAAGAAGUUGCUUAUUAUCAUCUCACGCCCUGCGAGGCUGCUGGAGUGCCUGGAAUUCAACCCCGAGGAGUUCUACCACCUGCUGGAGGCGGCCGAGGGACACGCCAAGGAGGGCCACCUUGUCAAGACGGACAUCCCCCGCUACAUCAUCCGCCAGCUGGGCCUCACCCGUGACCCCUUUCCAGAUGUGGUGCACCUGGAGGAACAGGACAGUGGUGGCUCCAACACCCCUGAGCAAGACGAUCUCUCUGAGGGCCGCAGCAGCAAGGCCAAGAAACCGCCGGGGGAGAAUGACUUCGAUACAAUCAAGCUCAUAAGCAACGGUGCCUACGGCGCUGUCUACCUGGUGCGGCACCGGGACACGCGGCAGCGCUUUGCCAUGAAAAAGAUCAACAAGCAGAACUUGAUCCUCCGCAACCAGAUCCAGCAGGCCUUCGUGGAGCGCGAUAUCCUCACCUUCGCCGAGAACCCGUUUGUGGUCGGCAUGUUCUGCUCCUUUGAGACUCGGCGCCAUCUCUGCAUGGUCAUGGAAUAUGUGGAAGGCGGCGACUGUGCCACCCUGCUGAAGAAUAUUGGAGCGCUGCCCGUAGAGAUGGCCCGCAUGUACUUUGCCGAAACGGUGCUAGCCCUGGAGUAUUUGCACAACUAUGGCAUCGUGCACCGCGACCUCAAGCCUGACAACCUCCUUAUCACCUCCAUGGGUCACAUCAAGCUCACAGAUUUUGGCCUCUCCAAGAUGGGGCUCAUGAGCCUCACCACCAACUUAUAUGAAGGCCACAUCGAGAAGGACGCCCGAGAGUUCCUGGACAAACAGGUGUGUGGGACCCCAGAGUACAUCGCGCCCGAGGUCAUCCUGCGUCAAGGCUACGGCAAGCCAGUGGACUGGUGGGCUAUGGGGAUCAUCCUCUACGAGUUCCUGGUGGGCUGUGUGCCCUUCUUCGGAGACACACCAGAGGAGCUAUUUGGACAGGUCAUCAGUGAUGACAUCCUGUGGCCCGAGGGGGAUGAGGCCUUACCUACAGAGGCCCAACUCCUCAUAUCCAGCCUCCUGCAGACCAACCCUCUGGUCAGGCUUGGGGCAGGCGGCGCUUUUGAGGUGAAGCAGCACAGUUUCUUUCGAGACCUGGACUGGACAGGGCUGCUGAGGCAGAAGGCCGAGUUCAUCCCCCACCUAGAGUCGGAAGAUGACACUAGCUACUUUGACACCCGCUCAGACAGGUAUCACCACGUGAACUCCUAUGACGAGGAUGACACGACGGAGGAGGAGCCCGUGGAAAUCCGCCAGUUCUCUUCCUGCUCUCCGCGCUUCAGCAAGGUGUAUAGCAGCAUGGAGCAGCUGUCGCAGCACGAGCCCAAGACCCCAGUAGCAGCUGCAGGGAGCAGCAAGCGGGAGCCGAGCACCAAAGGCCCCGAGGAGAAGGUGGCCGGCAAGCGGGAGGGGCUGGGCGGCCUGACCCUGCGUGAGAAGACCUGGAGAGGGGGCUCUCCGGAGAUCAAGCGAUUCUCCGCGUCCGAGGCCAGUUUCCUGGAGGGAGAGGCCAGUCCCCCGUUGGGCGCCCGCCGCCGUUUCUCGGCGCUGCUGGAGCCCAGCCGCUUCAGCGCUCCCCAAGAGGACGAGGAUGAGGCCCGGCUGCGCAGGCCUCCCCGGCCCAGCUCCGACCCCGCGGGAUCCCUGGAUGCAAGGGCCCCCAAAGACGAGACUCAAGGGGAAGGCACCUCCAGCGCCGGGGACUCCGAGGCCACUGACCGCCCACGCCCAGGUGACCUCUGCCCACCCUCGAAGGAUGGGGAUGCAUCAGGCCCAAGGGCUACCAAUGACUUGGUUCUGCGCCGGGCGCGGCACCAGCAGAUGUCGGGGGAUGCGGCAGUAGAGAAGAGGCCUUCUCGAACUGGGGGCAAAGUCAUCAAAUCAGCCUCAGCCACUGCCUUAUCUGUCAUGAUUCCUGCAGUGGACCCACAUGGAAGUUCACCCCUUGCUAGUCCCAUGUCUCCACGAUCUCUGUCCUCCAACCCAUCCUCACGGGACUCCUCACCCAGCCGGGACUACUCACCAGCUGUCAGUGGGCUCCGCUCCCCCAUCACCAUCCAGCGCUCGGGCAAGAAGUAUGGCUUCACACUGCGUGCCAUCCGUGUCUACAUGGGUGACACGGAUGUCUAUAGUGUCCACCACAUUGUCUGGCACGUGGAGGAAGGAGGCCCAGCCCAGGAGGCAGGACUCUGUGCUGGGGACCUCAUCACCCACGUGAAUGGGGAGCCUGUGCAUGGCAUGGUGCAUCCUGAGGUCGUGGAGCUGAUCCUUAAGAGUGGCAACAAGGUAGCAGUGACCACAACGCCCUUCGAAAAUACCUCUAUCCGCAUUGGUCCCGCAAGGCGCAGCAGCUACAAGGCUAAAAUGGCUCGGAGGAACAAGCGACCCUCUGCCAAGGAGGGCCAGGAGAGCAAGAAGCGCAGCUCCCUCUUCCGGAAGAUCACGAAGCAGUCGAACCUGCUGCAUACUAGCCGCUCGCUGUCGUCGCUGAACCGCUCGCUGUCAUCCAGCGAUAGUCUCCCGGGCUCGCCUACGCACGGGCUGCCGGCGCGCUCGCCCACGCACAGCUACCGCUCCACGCCUGACUCCGCCUACCUAGGCGCCUCAUCCCAGAGCAGCUCCCCAGCAUCGAGCACGCCCAACUCGCCUGCGUCGUCGGCGUCGCACCACAUUCGGCCCAGCACGCUGCACGGACUGUCGCCAAAGCUCCAUCGCCAGUACCGCUCUGCGCGAUGCAAGUCGGCCGGCAACAUCCCUUUAUCGCCGCUGGCACACACGCCGUCCCCCACGCAGGCGUCACCGCCGCCACUGCCGGGCCACACGGUGGGCAGCUCGCACACUACGCAGAGCUUCCCGGCCAAACUGCACUCAUCGCCUCCCGUCGUGCGCCCGCGCCCCAAGAGUGCCGAGCCCCCUCGCUCGCCGCUCCUCAAGCGCGUGCAGUCGGCCGAGAAGCUGGGAGCCUCCUUGAGUGCGGACAAGAAGGGCGCGCUGCGCAAACACAGCCUCGAGGUGGGCCACCCGGAUUUCCGCAAGGACUUCCAUGGCGAGCUGGCGCUGCAUAGCCUUGCCGAGUCCGACGGUGAGACGCCCCCAGUCGAGGGCCUUGGCGCGCCCCGGCAGGUCGCUGUCCGCCGCCUGGGCCGACAGGAGUCACCUUUGAGCCUGGGCGCGGACCCAUUGCUGCCCGAGGGUGCCUCCAGGCCACCAGUGUCGAGCAAGGAGAAGGAAUCCCCGGGGGGCGCCGAGGCGUGCACCCCACCCCGCGCGACGACCCCCGGUGGCCGGACCCUGGAGCGGGACGUCGGCUGCACGCGGCAUCAGAGUGUGCAGACGGAGGAUGGCACUGGCGGGAUGGCCAGGGCUGUGGCCAAGGCGGCGCUGAGCCCGGUGCAGGAACACGAGACAGGCCGGCGCAGCAGCUCUGGCGAGGCGGGCACACCCCUGGUACCCAUUGUCGUAGAGCCUACGCGGCCCGGGGCUAAGGCUGUGGUGCCUCAGCCUCUGGGCGCGGACUCCAAGGGGUUGCAGGAACUCGCACCCCUGGCGCCUUCCGUGCCCGAGGCCCCCCGGGGCCGGGAGCGCUGGGUGUUGGAGGUGGUGGAGGAGCGCACCACGCUGAGCGGGCCUCGCUCCAAGCCCGCCUCCCCAAAGCUCUCCCCGGAGCCCCAGACACCCUCCCUAGCCCCAGCGAAGUGCAGUGCACCCAGCAGUGCAGUGACCCCAGUCCCACCCGCAUCCCUCUUGGGCUCAGGCACCAAGCCUCAAGUGGGGCUGACCUCCCGGUGCCCUGCUGAAGCUGUGCCCCCAGCAGGCCUGACCAAAAAAGGAGUGUCCAGUCCCGCACCCCCGGGACCAUAGCCAAGGGGGGCAUCGGCCCCGCGCUGUACAGCCUCCUGUAUACAUAUGUACACAUAUAAAUAAAGUGCGUCCGUGCUGCGUGA